AUGCCGUGGGGUUGGGAAUGUAGGGCGAAGCUGGUGAAACAGCUACCAGCGAAGCCGACAGAGAAACGUGGCCAAUUAUCCAGUGCUGUUCAAAAUCCUGGACCACAUCACUAUGAAAUGCCUGAAGUGUAUUGUGGCAAAGGUAAUUCAGGCAUAAAAAGAGCUCCCGCGUAUACUUUUGGACAGCAGACACCUGUUACUUUUAACAAACCAGUAAUUUUGGGAUGUGCACCAAUGUUGGAUAUAAGUGGGAUGGGACCUAAAGGUCAAUAUAAAAUCAAACAUGACACAAUCUCACCGCGAAUCGACCCGCAAGAAAAAGGCAAAAAUCCUGGUCCUGGAACUUACGUUCCUCGAAGUGAAGUCAAAUAUAAACGACCACCAGCAUAUAGUAUGCGCCCAGCGGCACGACCAGAUUACCAGCCCAGUGACCAAUGGAGUCCUUCACCAAAUAUGUAUUUACCGUAUUUACCUGGGAAAAAGAAAUCUCCGGCAUAUAGUUUUGGCAGUAUGUCUAAAGAAUUGAGUGGGCCAGCUAUUCCAAGUCCUGGAACGUAUGAACCUAAUUUUAAAUAUAUUGAAAAAAGUAAGCCGGCAUAUUCAUUUGGAGCCCCUUGGAGAUCUUUGAAACCUCCAAAAAUUCCACCUCCGAACACAUAUUGUGAGAAGAAAUUCAUGUACACAAAACGUACGAUACCAGCACCAUCAUUUGGUAUUCGUCAUACUCCUUACCUUGGCAAGCGGCACGAAUAUCUUAAGUCAUCUAAACUUGAUCUUGUUAUUAGUGAAUUA